AUGCAGGCGCUGUGGGGCAGGGGCCCCAAGGAGACAUAUGGUGGAGUGGAGUUUUGGCAUACUCCUGAGCGUUGUGGUUGGAUGCAAAAACAAGGCGAAUACAUCAAAACUUGGCGACGAAGGUGGUUCGUAAUGAAGCAGGGCAAGAUUUUCUGGUUCAAGAGCGACGUCGUGACGCCGGACUCCGUGCCCCGUGGUGUGAUUGACGUGAACAAGUGCCUUUCCAUUAAAGGCGCGGAAGACACUAUCAACAAGGCAAAUGCUUUUGAGAUCUCGACACACGCGGAGAGCAUGUUCUUCAUUGCCGACACCGAUAAGGAAAAAGAGGAUUGGAUCAACGCGAUUGGGCGCGCGAUUGUCAAGCAUUCGCGCAGCCUUCUGGAAAGUGACCGGCCCGACUACACCAACGCGUGAGAAGGCUGUAGCCCCUGCGCGUUGCAGCUGCCGCACUUAGCUUUUGCCCCCGGUGCGUGCCGGUUUCUAGGAAGAGCAAAUUAACGAGAGAGGGAGAUGAAGCAUGUGGCUGGUUGCUCGAAUGCGCUUAGUUGGGACUUGAUGCGGUCCUACCGCAGGAUGAAGGCGCGGAGUGCAGUGUAAUAUGGUCCUACGUUGUCCUGUGUAGGUUUCGGAGUGCUGAAAAAGGGCGAUGGAGAGAGUUACAUUAGGUCGGCAUCUUCCUUUGGGAAGGUUUGGCCCCGUUUCACUGUAUACACUUUGAUUAACAGGUUCUGUGUUGUUGUUCCCGCGGCGUGGGGUGUUAGUUCCGUGAGUGUUCUCCCAGCAUUUGGCACGGCCAUGGCUUCAUGGUCGACUGGGGUUGCUGUGUUCAUUGAAGGCCGCUUCUAUGU